GAGAACAGAUGGGCAGGUCCACAGCACUGCCAGAUUCUGCACGAGCUCCAUUUAUUGUUGCUUCUUGCUUUUUGCCUUCUGUGAUUUUUAAUUUUUUUUAAACAUUGUGUAUUCUAAGGAACUAGCUGCACAAGGGUUGGUGUGGCUGAUGCCCUUUUCAGCUUAGGUUUCAAAUGUAGAAGACAGAUUCAAAAUGCUAUCACUGUGCAUCUAAGAAGGAUGGGGCAGAUUUCAUUUUACCCUCUAGUCUCCCUCCAUGCAUGCACGGAUUUAUCUCUCUGCUAAGCUCUCUGCUCUGCAUCUGUAGCUCCUUGUGGAUUAUAUUGUCUCUGUGAUCAGAAAUGAUUUUCUCGGAUAUGAACACCGUUUCUGGCUCCCCUAAAGUGCAUCCUCCUAAUGGGACCCGGUUUUAUACUUUUCAAGAAUUUGCUGCACUGACAAAAGAAUUGAAUGCAUGCAGGGAACAACUUCUAGAAAAAGAAGAAGAGAUUUCUGAACUUAAAGCUGAAAGAAACAACACAAGACUGUUACUGGAGCAUUUGGAGUGCCUUGUCUCACGACAUGAAAGGUCACUGAGAAUGACGGUAGUGAAAAGGCAAGCCCAGUCCCCCUCGGGAGUAUCCAGUGAAGUUGAGGUUCUUAAGGCACUGAAAUCUUUGUUUGAGCACCACAAGGCCUUGGAUGAAAAGGUAAGGGAGCGACUGAGGGUUUCUUUAGAAAGAGUCUCUGCACUGGAAGAAGAACUAGCUGCUGCUAAUCAGGAGAUUGUUGCCUUGCGUGAACAAAAUGUUCAUAUACAAAGAAAAAUGGCAUCCAGUGAGGGAUCCACUGAAUCAGAACAUCUUGAAGGACUGGAACCCGGCCAGAAAGCCCACGAGAAGCGUCUGUCCAACGGCUCUAUCGACUCGACUGAUGAAACUAGUCAGCUAGUUGAACUACAGGAAUUGCUUGAAAAGCAGAACUAUGAAAUGGCCCAAAUGAAAGAACGUUUAGCAGCCCUUUCUUCCCGUGUGGGAGAGGUGGAACAGGAAGCAGAGACAGCAAGAAAGGAUCUCAUUAAAACAGAAGAGAUGAACACUAAAUAUCAAAGGGACAUUCGGGAGGCAAUGGCACAGAAGGAAGAUAUGGAAGAAAGAAUCACAACCCUGGAGAAGCGUUACCUCAGUGCUCAGAGAGAAUCGACCUCCAUACAUGACAUGAAUGAUAAACUAGAAAAUGAGUUGGCAAAUAAAGAAGCCAUCCUACGGCAGAUGGAAGAAAAAAACAGACAGUUACAAGAGCGUCUUGAGCUGGCUGAACAAAAGUUGCAGCAAACUAUGAGAAAGGCUGAAACCUUACCUGAAGUAGAGGCUGAACUGGCUCAGAGAAUUGCAGCCCUAACAAAGGCUGAAGAGAGACAUGGAAAUAUUGAAGAACGUAUGAGACAUCUAGAAGGUCAACUUGAAGAGAAGAAUCAAGAACUUCAAAGAGCUAGGCAAAGAGAGAAAAUGAAUGAGGAGCAUAACAAAAGAUUAUCAGAUACCGUGGACAGACUUCUGACUGAAUCCAAUGAACGCCUACAGCUGCACUUAAAGGAAAGAAUGGCUGCUCUGGAAGAGAAGAAUGUUUUAAUUCAAGAAUCAGAAACUUUCAGAAAGAAUCUUGAAGAAUCUUUACAUGAUAAGGAAAGAUUAGCAGAAGAAAUUGAAAAGCUGAGAUCUGAACUUGACCAAUUGAAGAUGAGAACUGGCUCUUUAAUUGAACCCACAAUAUCAAGAACUCAUCUGGAUACCUCAGCUGAGUUGCGGUAUUCAGUUGGAUCCCUAGUGGACAACCAGUCUGAUUACAGAACGACUAAAGUGAUAAGAAGACCAAGGAGAGGACGCAUGGGUGUGCGGAGAGAUGAACCAAAGGUAAAAUCACUUGGUGAUCAUGAGUGGAAUAGAACUCAACAAAUUGGAGUACUAAGUAGCCACCCUUUUGAAAGUGACACUGAAAUGUCUGAUAUUGAUGACGAUGACAGAGAAACAAUUUUUAGCUCAAUGGAUCUUCUCUCUCCGAGCGGUCAUUCUGAUGCCCAGACUCUAGCUAUGAUGCUGCAGGAACAAUUGGAUGCAAUCAACAAAGAAAUAAGGCUAAUUCAAGAAGAAAAAGAAUCUACAGAGUUGCGUGCUGAAGAAAUUGAGAACAGAGUGGCUAGUGUGAGCCUGGAAGGCCUGAAUUUGGCAAGGGUCCACCCAGGUACCUCCAUCACUGCCUCUGUUACAGCUUCAUCGCUGGCCAGUUCAUCUCCCCCCAGUGGACACUCAACGCCAAAGCUCACCCCAAGAAGCCCUGCCAGGGAAAUGGAUCGGAUGGGAGUCAUGACACUGCCAAGUGAUCUGAGGAAACAUCGGAGAAAGAUUGCAGUGGUGGAAGAAGAUGGUCGGGAGGACAAAGCAACAAUUAAAUGUGAAACACUCCCAAGCCCAGAGCAUAGAAUACCCCCUCCCUUCUUUCCUACACAAGAUGCCGACGGGAAG